AUGGCUACUAGUGUCUUUUCUGCAUGUUCAGGUUAUGCUUCUCUUUGUCAAGGCAAAAACUUCUUCCCCUUUGCAGCCAAAGGGUCUCCUCUCCUUCACCUCAAAAGGCCACUCUCUGCCAAAUGUGUAGCUUCUUUGGGAACUGAGAUAUCAGUGCCUCCAGCAGUUGACACUUUCUGGCAGUGGCUCAAGGAAGAGGGUGUUGUCUCUGGCAAAACACCAGUGAAGCCUGGUGUGGUGCCAGAAGGCUUAGGACUGGUUGCACUCAAAGACAUUUCUAGGAAUGAGGUAGUUUUGCAGGUGCCAAAGAGGCUGUGGAUUAACCCUGAUGCUGUGGCAGCUUCAGAGAUUGGAAAAGUGUGUAACGGAUUGAAGCCUUGGUUGGCUGUUGCAUUGUUUCUGAUAAGAGAGAGGUCGAAGGAUGACUCUCUUUGGAAGCACUACUUCAGUAUUCUGCCCAAGGAAACUGACUCUACUAUAUAUUGGUCAGAGGAGGAGCUCUCAGAGCUACAAGGGACUCAACUUCUGAACACAACGCAGAGUGUGAAAGAGUAUGUGAAGAGCGAAUUUAGGAGACUGGAAGAAGAAAUUAUCCUCCCUAAUAAGAAGCUUUUCCCUUCUCCUAUUACAAUUGAUGACUUCUUCUGGGCAUUUGGAAUUCUAAGAUCAAGGGCAUUUUCUCGCCUUCGCAAUGAAAAUUUAGUUGUGAUUCCAUUAGCUGACUUGAUAAACCAUAGUGCCGCAGUAACUACAGAAGAUCAUGCUUACGAAAUUAAAGGAGCAGCAGGUCUAUUUUCCUGGGAUUACCUAUUUUCCCUAAGGAGUCCCCUUUCUCUUAAGGCUGGGGACCAGGUGUAUAUCCAAUAUGAUUUGAAUAAAAGCAACGCCGAGCUGGCUCUGGACUAUGGUUUCAUUGAACAAAAUGCGGACCGGAAUGCAUAUACCUUGACACUGCAGAUAUCUGCGUCAGAUCCCUUUUUUGGUGACAAACUAGACAUUGCUGAGUCCAAUGGUUUUGGUGAGACAGCGUACUUUGACAUCUUCUACAACCGCCCACUUCCACCAGGGCUGCUUCCAUAUCUUAGACUAGUCGCUCUAGGAGGCACUGAUGCUUUCCUAUUGGAGUCAAUAUUUAGAAACUCCAUUUGGGGUCAUCUUGAAUUGCCUGUGAGUCGUGACAAUGAGGAGUUAAUAUGCAGAGUGAUUAGGGAGACCUGCAAAACUGCCCUUGCUGGAUAUCAUACAACCAUUGAAGAGGAUCAAAAGUUUAAAGAAGCAAAGCUAAAUUCAAGGCUUGCUAUAGCAGUGGGAAUUAGAGAAGGGGAGAAGAAGCUCCUGCAGCAAAUUGAUGGGAUCUUUAAGGAGAAAGAAUUGGAAUUGGCCCAGUUAGAAUAUUAUCAAGAAAGGAGGCUCAAGGACCUUGGACUUUGCGGGGAAAAUGGUGAUAUCCUGGGUGACCUUGGAAAAUUCUUCUAG